AUGAAGAUUUUAACAGUCUUACCUUUUCUGAUACUUGGUUUGGUAACCUCUGCCUAUAGCAGUGGUAUCCAAUACAGUGUUAUAUCUCUCAUCUCUAAAAAUCAAAACCUCGGCGUCAUUGUGGAUGAUCAGAUGUAUCCUUUAAGCAAUAAUAAUGAAGCCACCCCUUUACUCCAUCGUGGUCAAGCUCCCAUAUCUAGUACCGGAUACAGGUAUGCAAUUCUUUCCAGACACCAAGUGUUAGACGUCGAGAAUUUCACUCGACAUUGCUCUUCUGACAAUAUCCAAAAAAAUGAUUAUUAUGGUCGAUCUUGGAACAGCUAUCACAACUUGACCAAACUACCUACACUCUUACCACCCCUCGAUAUCAUGGAUCGCAUCCAAUCCAGUUUGCAUAUAGAUAACGAGAUUCCGACAAUUCAUUUAUACGGUAACAAAACCGAAAUUGAUAAUAUGCAUCAUCAACAGACUGACAGAGCGAUGCGUGUUGAAUUGAAUAUGGCUUAUAUCAGUCCAAAAGACGUUAAAGUAUUUAAGAACAUCACUUUAUCAAUUUCUGGUAUGUUUACUCGUAAUAUGAAUAAGCUCUCUUACAAAGUAAAACUUGCAAAAAACCAAGAUCUCUAUGGAUAUCGUAGAAUAAAGUUAAAGGCAAUGGCUUUAGAUAUGUCCUACAUGAGAGAGAAUUUGGGUUACGCUAUUACUGAAUCAAUUGGACUACCUAGUUCAGGUCACAGUUAUGUCCGUGUUUACAUCAAUGACCAAGCCAUUGGGCUCUUUGGUCUCACCGAACAUAUAAAGGGAGAUUGGGUCAAGAAAGUUUUUGGCCAUGGAUCUAAAAAUUACAAACACGGCGCUUUAUUCAUUGCCAAUAUACAAGCUUAUAAAGGAAACACAACUCAAACAAAGCCGUCUCAGUCGUUUGUUGACAUUAAUGAAGUCAGGUACAAAAACUCCACUUCUUCCUUGUCCUAUCUUGGAAGUGAACUGAGCGCUUACAGCGCAGGACAAUACUCUGUGAAAGUCAAACCAUCGGAUGGAGACAAGGCCGACUUUACCUGUAUUAUGGACCUGAUCAAAUUUAUUCAGAGCCAACCAAACAAGCCUGCAAAUAAUUCAGUUGUACCGCUUUGGAAUGAUAAAAUGGAUGUGGAUAGCUUACUACGUGGAUUAGCAUUUGAAAUUGUAGUUUCAAGUUUUGAUGGGUACCUUGGUAUGGCCAACAAUUUUAUACUCUUCCAAGAUAUACAACACAAUCGCAUGGUUUUUAGUGAACAAGAUUUUGAUUCAAUCAUGGGUAGCGGUACAUAUAAUAUCAGUUUGAUGGUAGAUCAAGACUAUACGCAAUUUCCGGGAUUCCAGACCCGUGUUCUUAUCCCCCGUUUGAUGCAAGUCCCAAGAUUCAAACAGCAGUUUGAAAUGUAUGUCAACAAAUUUGUCAAGGAGCUUGUCAAUCCUCAAAUCUUGGGUCGUCGUAUUGACCAGCUUUUCCAAAUGCUCUCGGAAGAUGUUGCUUGGGAUAAGUCGUUGCCGCGUAUGGGACAAUCUUUGGGUCCAGUGGGUGCUUUGAUGGAAAAAAAGUAUAAUGUGUCGUCCAUCUCCGAAGUGACAUUUUCUUUAGGUGUUUACGGGCCCAUGACUGACAAUAUCUUGAUGGCAUUAUAUGAUUGGUUAUCCUUGCGUAGCUCAAAUCUGUUAAAUAAAACAUGA